AUGGACUGGUCUAACUCUCAAUUUGAUGAUCCCAACUCAUUUGAUGCUAUUCAAAGAUUCUUUGAAAACAAUCCAGUAGGUUCGAUUGGUGCUAAAUUAUUAUCAUCUUCUAAUACUACUACUACUGCUACUUUACCAAAUCAUCAUUCAUCAUCAUCAUCAUCAGAUAAAAAUCACCAAAAUCAAAUGUCAAACCAUCAUCAUCAUCACCAUAAUCCUUCAUCACCCGAUUCGAUUCCAUCUCCCUGUUCUUCUCUAAACCAAUCUACAAAUCAUCAAACCCAAUCCAAUCCAAUCACAACAUCACAUCCUAAAAGGAAAACUUCACCAGCUUCAAGUUCUUCUUCUGCUUUAAAAGAUCGAAAAGAACAUAACUCUUCAAAGAAAUCAUCUACGGGAAACCUUUCGGAUCCUUCGUCUAAUGUUGAACAUACUCAUGAAAUUGGAUCUGAACCUUCUGAUCAUCAUCAUCAUGAAAUUAAAGGGGUUGGUAAGUUGAAACGAAAAGAACAGAAUAGAAACGCACAAAGAGCAUUCCGAGAACGUAAAGAGAGAAGGUUACAAGAAUUACAAGACCAAGUAGAUGAAUUAUUAGCCAAACAAGAACCCUUAACCACUGAAAACAAACAUCUCAAAGAAUUAGUCAACCGACUCCAAACCGAAAACCAAUCAUUAGGUGUUUACAAAGAAGUGUUUACAUUCACGAUAGCUAAUGAUUUACGACGAUCUUCGAUGCCGAUUUCUACUUCCUUUGAUCAACCUCAAUCGAUGACGUCUUCAAGUUUAGAUCAAUCAGGUCUUGAGAGUUCUUCUUCUUUAAAGAAUGGAUUCCAUACUGGUCAUCCACUUAAAGCUAUGAUGAACCGUGGUAAUCAAGAAAACUUGAAUCGAUUAGGUUUAUCACUUCCUACUUCAGGUGCUCCUGAUCCUGUUCUUCAAAAACCUCCUCUUGCUCAACACACUCCUCGUAAUAGUAUCAGUGGCAAUGGCACUACUCAUGAAGGUUAUACUCCUCCUCUCUCUUCUAGCUCUUCAUUGGCUAGUUUCUUGAACACGAAUCAUACUCCUGUGGAAGCUUUUAAUGAAGAUCAUCAAAGUUAUGGGAUGAAUUCUUCUAAUAAACUUUCAAAGCCUGUUGAGAAGUUCGAGUCAUCUUUUCCGAGUUAUACUACUUCAUCUAUACCAGCUGAUCCUAUGCUAGCUUAUAACGUUCAUCAAUCAGAUCUAGUUGGUCAUCCAGAACCAAUAGAUCAUUCAAGUAUGAAUCCGUUAUCUACAUUCACAUCUAAUGAAUUGAUUCCAUCAACGUUGGAUUUUAAUGAGCUUCUUCCGUUAAAUCAACCACGUCAAAUCUCUGCAUCUGAACCGGAUCAAGCUUUUUGGAACUCUUACUUGAACUUUGAAUCUUCUAAUGAUUCACUUGUUUCAACAGAUGAUGAAAAAAUUAAACCGAAUGCGUUCGAAACUUUUAAUCAUCAAGACACAUCUUUCUUGGAAAUGUCUUCUAAAGAUCUUGGGGUAUCUAGACUAUCUAGUAUGAAAGAAAUACCGGAUUUGUUUCAGCAAUGGAGAUCGACGGGUUCGGGUUCAGAUUCGGCUGCUUUGGUACUUGGAACUGAAAAUCUUCAGCAUCAUCAACAGUUUGGGCUUGGGCUUGGGAAACCUAAUCCACUGAUUCAGGUUGGGUUGAGUAAGUUUGUGGAUCGAGGUGUCUUGUCUAAUUUAGAAUUAGAUGGGUUGUGUGAGAUGUUGGAAAGUAAGGCUACUUGUAAAGAAAAAAGGGAAAUGAUGAAUGAUGUGGUGGCUAUUAGACCUGAUUGGAUUGAAUUGAUUGAAGAUAUUACCAGGAAGGCUAGGUCUAGGUGUACUGAAGGAGGUAAGGAGAUCGGGUUGAAAGAUGUGGGUUUGGAAGAAGAAGAUCAAUGCAAGAUUGGAGAAGUGUGA